AUGCAUUUCAAGUAUUUUCUUCAGGUCAGCGGGCUGGCCCUUUUGACUGGUGCCGUCAGUGCCCAGCUGGAUACCGAUGCCCUCGGCCUCAAUCCUAUUCUUGGAAGCAACCCUCUUGGUGGUAAUACUGGUCGCGCAAUCCAUUCCGUGAGCCCGACCUCAACUCCCGUUCCAACCAGUUCGCCUGUCACCGAUCAUAAGCGAUCUGGUAAUCCUAGCUUCCGACGAAUCGCGAAGAAGGAUAUCGGCGGAAAUCUGGCUGGCGAACCUAUUGGGAACUUUGUGGGAAGAAAAAGCUCGCCUUCUGAGAAGGCGUCCUCGUCAAUUGCAACGCCUACUUCCAGCCCGAGUGGAACCCCAACCGCAGUGCCGCAGUCAAACAAGGGAAUUCUUGGAAGAAAUAACGGUAACUACGAGACCGACUCAACGAUUCCGGUAAACUUGGGUCAAUUUCUCUCAGGAAGAGAUAACGGAAACUACCAGGCCGGCUCGACAAUUCCGGUGAAUCUGGGCCAGCUGCUCUCAGGAAGAGAUACCAGCAGUUCAAAUACCGACUCGAAUGUUCCAGGAAACUUGGGUAGCUUGUUGGGUGAUGGAGACUCUCCGUCCGCAAAGACUUCUACCAAGAGCCCGAAACCCAGCUCAACUGGGCUCCCAGCAAAGCAGUCCAAACCAUCGAUCAGCUCAACUGGAUUCUCAAAAAGUCAGGCUAGCACGUCGCCCACCCCUACUCCCUCGACAGUUAUCAGAAGACGCCACCGUGGUAACUUGGGAGGCUCUUCGAAGGCCCCUGCUCCCUCCGUCACGCCGAGCUCUGUUGCCUCAACUGCCUAUGCACCUACCUCCAUGCAGACAAAAGCCCAUUCAACCCCGCUGAAAUAUUCCUCGAAGGAAACCGGUGUCCCCAAGGGAUCCAUUCAGCCUGCUCCCCGGUGGAACUAA